AUAUCGUUAAAGAUUGUUUUAUCAACUAUGUUUUUCUUUUUCAACUUUUUCCUCCAAGACUGUUCUAACAAAUUUGGAUUGAAGUGAUUUAUUCGUCAACUAGAAGAAUUCCUAAAAGACUAAAUAGAAGUAUUGUAACAAAGUUUCGUCAAUAUUGUCGUUAAAAACCGUAGACGCCAGUAUAGAUCAAUAUAGACCAUUUCCUGUUGGAAUAUUGUGCAAGAAACAAGAAGACUAUGUGUCGUUGGGGUUGUCUAACAACUGACACGACUUAUAUGUGUAAAUGGUGUGGUACAAGAUAUUGUAGAGAGUGCCUUAGAGGAGAUUUCUACGGUCAAAUGAAGGAGUCAAAUAUAUGUCGAAAAUGUAAUCAGAAAAGAUGCCAAGGAAAGAGAGUUGAAUACUAUCCAAAACCAAUAAGCGAAGACGAUAAGAAAAAUACAAAGAAACCGUCUAAAAAUUCACCAAAAACAAAAUCAGCAAACGUUCAGAAGAAAAAUAAGGGAAAAGGUAGAAAAAAAUAACAAUUUUAAUAUAUUUAUAUAAACUAAAGUAUGUGACCCAUAUCUUGUUUUUUCUAUACUCAAUUAAAAGAGAAUUAGAGCGAAAGAAGUGUUUAUAUUUUUAAUGUUUAAUUUACAAAUUAUUUUGAUUGAUACUUUUUUUUUUAAAAAAAAAACUAGGGUUAUAAAACUGUAAAAAUUGAAAUACUUAUAAUACUAUUUAUUCCUUGUUCUAACAUUCGUGUAGUUUAUUAUUUAUUGAAAACAAUAAUUGAAUAUAUACUAUACGCAUUUAAAUAGAGUAUACUAUAUUAAAAAUAUUAUCUAUGCUAAUAUAUACAGGGAAGAUAAAUUCCAAACAAAUAUUUUUAAAUUAGGCGGAAUGGAAAAUUCUUUUAUCUCAUUUUUGGUAGUGUUUGUGAAUUAUUUUACUAUUGGAAAUAAACCAGUGCAUACAUGAAUAGUGGCCAGUAUUGGAAUGCAAAUAUAC